AAACCAAUUUCCCAAAUGCGCUCAACGCAAUGCAUGCUAGCGCCGUGCUGGUGCCAGUUGAGUUGAAAGCUCGACGUUUUCCUCUCUUUUCAAGCGCACAUCCCAGCAGACCACCUCACAGUUGCUCCGCACAGCCCAGCGCAGCACCUCCUUGCCUGCAGCAGAACCAUUCCUCAAGGAGCCAGCUUGAGAGGGAGGCAGUUGGAGAGGCGACUAGAGACUUGAGAGGGCUGCCACGUCAGGGCUUCCUGCAUUCACAUUGCAUCCUCGUGGUCCGAGUCUCAAUAAGUCCGCAUUCUACCCUUUUUGCAUUUUCAGUCCGUGCCGAGUAGCCUGUACGAUCCACGAGACAUCCUCUCGGGGUUUCCGCCUCUGAGACCUCCUCGUAUCACCGCUACAGCUUCGGAUCUUCGACUACCCAUCCCCUACUCUUCGACAGAACGCCAUUUCCCAGACACCAGAAAUGGACCCACAAGGCGCGUCCCCGCCUACCGCGCCUCCUCCGCAUUCCGCCGCUCUCCUCUCCGCCGCGCCCAUUCACGACGUCUCCGCCUCCUCUCGCGCCGCUGAGACCGCCGUCAGCAUUUCGUACCAAAUGCGGUACUCCGAAGAGUCCUCUCCGCAGCGCACGUCCGCCUCGGGAGCUUCCUCCUCCUCGUCAUCAACCGGGUCGGAAUCCGAUCAAGUGGAGAUCGACUGCGGCUCGUCAGUCGAAUCCGACGACGCGGUUUUCAAGAAGCCACUCGUCGCCAGGUCUAUGGAGCUUCGCUUUCGCCACGUGUCCUACACCGUCUCCACGCGGAGCAAGCGCGGGAGCGACGCCGGCGCCUCCGCUCCCGGUUGCGGAAGCAACGCCGCCAAUACGCCAAGCGUUUCCCAAAAAGGAACUGGCGGGAGCGGCGAAAGCUGCCGAAGCAGCUUGAGCCAAGCGAGCAGCAAGCUGAGCUCGGUAUCUCGGCAGCUGACGAUGAAGAAGAAUUACACCCGUACGAUUCUCGCCGACAUCAACGGCGCCGCGCGAUCCGGCGAGGUCACCGCGAUCAUGGGCGCGAGCGGCUCGGGCAAGACGACGCUCCUUAACAUCCUCGCUCACCGCAUUGCGACGGAUCGGCGGUCCGGGUCGGUGGAGCUGGACGGCGCCGUGGUGCGCGGGAGUACAAUGCGGCGCAUGUCGGCGUACGUGAUGCAGGACGACCUAAUGUUCCCCGCGCUGACGGUGCGCGAGACGCUCAUGUUCGCCGCGGAGCUGCGGCUGUCGGCGCGCGGAGUGACGCGCGAGGAGAAGGAGCGCAAGGUGGAGAGCCUUCUGGAGCUGCUGGGGCUCACGAAAGUGGCCGAUUCGCUCAUCGGGAACGAAAGCCAACGUGGUGUGUCCGGCGGCGAGCGCAAGCGCGUGGCGAUCGGCGUGGAGAUGGUGAGCGAUCCGCGGAUCCUCUUUCUCGACGAGCCCACGUCGGGGCUGGACUCCACUAGCGCGUACCGCGUCGUGCGGGCGAUUAAAGACAUCGCCGUGCAGACCGGCAGCAUUGCUAUUAUGGUUCUGCACCAGCCGAGUUUCCGCGUGCUGUCUUUAAUCGACCGCCUGCUGCUGCUCGCGUCGGGGCAUACUAUUUUUCACGGGCCGCCUCCCCAGCUCCCCACGUUCCUCGCGUCGUUCGGCUGCCCCGUGCCGCGAUUCGCCAACAGCACCGAGUUCGCAUUAGAUCUUAUCGAGGAUUAUCAGCGCUCCGCGCGUGGGGUCGCAGACCUCGUCGCGUACGCCGCGUCGUAUCAGCAACUGUCGCACAUGUCGCAGGACGCCGUUCAGUCGUCGCUGACGAAAGCGAGCGUCGCCAAGCCCGUCGCCGCGCUUCCAGUCCCUCAUCCCGUUUCUAACGAUGCUACCUCCUGCUGCGCCGAUGACGCCGCGACUUGCGGGGCCGACGGCGCCGUGGCCUUGCAAAUCGACGACUGCGCCGCGGCAGAACCUGCCGUCGAUGCCGCCGUAGUUGCCGCCGCAUCCGCCGCCGCAAUCACCGUGCAGAAGUCCGUUUCCGGGGAGACGUGCGUUUCCGAGGACAAGGGCGUGGUGGCGGACACGCGGCGGUACGCUAAUGGGUGGAUGGGCGAGCUGAUGGUUCUGACGAGACGCGCGGCUCUGAAUCUCUGGCGCACGCCGGCUCUCUACCUGCUGCGGCUGGCGCUGGUGGCCGUGACGGGCCUCAUGCUCGCGACGCUCUAUUUCAACCCCGACUCGAGCCUGCAAGGGUUCCAGGAGCGGCUGGCGUUCUUCUCCUUCUCCAUCUGCGUGCUCUUCUUCUGCUGCCUGGACGCCGUGCCCAUCUUUAUCGAGGAGCGAAACAUCUUCAUCCGCGAAACCACGCGCAACGCCUACCGCCCCUCCACCUACCUCGUCGCCACGACCCUAGUCUACCUCCCGCUACAGCUCGCCAUGGCGCUGAUCUUCGUCCUAGAGAACUGGUGGGCCAUCAAUCUGACUGGCGGCGCUGCGGGGUUCUUCUUCAUGCUGCUUACGUGUUUCCUUAUCCUCUUCUCCGCCAGCUCAUUCGCCAUCGCCAUCAGCGUCGUCGUGGACCAUGUCGUGCUGGCCUACGCCGCUGGAAUCGCGCUCAUGGCGUACUUCGCCCUCGUGAGCGGCUUCUACAUUCCCAAGUACAGCAUCCCCAACUACUGGAUCUGGCUACACUACCUCUCGCCUAUGAAAUACGCGUAUGAGGCGCUUAUCCAGAGCGAAUUCACCCGCGGCGGGCCCUGCUACAUGCAAGCUGGGAACAUGUUUCUAAACACUCCGCUACAGCCUUAUGUUAACGAGACAACGAUGAACAAGGCGUUUCUGGGAAUGAGGACGCUCUUGGCGGGCACGCCCUACAAGAACAUUUCGGCAACAACUUGCCUACAGGACGGGCAACAGUUGAUGGUUACGUUGGUCGGGCAGCCCGACCUGAAUAUGUGGCUGAACCUGCUGGUGCUGCUAGGUUUCGGCCUGCUAAUUCGCUUUAUCACCUUCCUUCUGCUGGUCAGACUCAGAAGCCUGAAGCAGCAGUAAGCAACAGAGCAGCAGAAGCAGCAGCAAGGGUUGCAGCCAUUAUCAGUACUUGGGCCUGUACAUUGGACUCGAGGAGUGAAUUGCAGGGGUGGGGGGCGUGGGGAAUAUGGAGCAGCAGUCAGUGGAGGGCUGAGUUUGCUCAUUGGAGGCAUAGCUUCCCAGGAGAAGCAUGGCGUUUGCAGCAGUUGUGUGUGCACGAUAGUGGGGAGAGCAGUGAUGAACGCAGACAGUACGGUGCAGAACAGGAGGAGCGUGGCGUUUAAAUCCCUUGCUGUAUGGUAUAUAACAGGAGGUAUGAGAGGAGGCUAAGAGAAAGGAUGGCCAUCGUAGCUGUGGCAAGGAGCAGCAGAGUCCACGGCAGUCGUGCCUGGGCACCAGCAGCAGCUCCCACUCCUAUGGUGCAUCAGGUUUAAGACUGGCCUGGGCUGUGCAAAAGGGAUGCUAUGGCCGCUCGUUGGAUAUGGGUUAGUGUUUUCACUAUCUCAGUGAGGACUGUAUUGAGGCUGCUGAAGCAGAAACUGUGAUCGGAUGUGGGAAGGAUGUGGGAAUGGGAGUAGCAGUGAGACAAAACAGAGACAGGAAGCAGAUGGACAGAGUCAAGAAGCCACCUUCUCCUCGGGGGUUGAGGGAAUGGGGGUGUGGGGGAACUUGAAGCUUUUAGGAUUUAGCAUGCCUGUUGCUGCUUCUGCUGCUGUUGCUCUCCAAUGCUGCUACCCCUUAUCAUGACCCUGCUAUGCCUAGUUCAUGUGCACGUGCAUGUAAAGUGGUGGCAGCAUAGACAACAGCAGCAGCCGCAUCACUGUGGCUUUCGUGUGACCUUUUCUUUACUAUGCUAUUAUUAUUAUUAUUUAAUGGCCUCCUGUCCAUGGCUGACGCUAUCAGUUAUUUA